AUCUCUCUCUCUCUCUCUCCUCGUCUGGACUCUGUUGGGUCACUCUUCUAUCAGUUCUUCGGGUUGUACGAUGAAAACCAGAGCUCUCGUCAUUUUGCACUCCUGCUACUUGCUGUAUUUUCUUCUGUCUGAUUCAGGGGUUUGUGGCUCCGAGGCCGAGCACAGGCUCUUCUCAGUCAUCUUCUCCAGUUAUAACCAGUACAUCAGACCAGUGGAGAACGUGUCCGACCCCGUCAUCGUCCAGUUUGAAGUGUCCAUGUCACAGCUGGUCAAAGUGGAUGAGGUGAACCAGAUCAUGGAGACCAAUCUCUGGCUGCGACAUAUUUGGAACGAUUAUAAGCUCAGGUGGAAUCCCAAGGACUUCGGAGGCGUUGAGUUCAUCCGUGUGCCGUCCAACAAGAUUUGGAAACCAGACAUUGUGUUGUACAACAAUGCAGUCGGAGAUUUCCAGGUGGAUGACAAAACGAAAGCUCUUCUACGCUACAACGGAGACGUCACCUGGAUCCCUCCGGCCAUCUUCAAGAGCUCCUGCAAGAUCGACGUCACCUUCUUCCCGUUCGACUAUCAGAACUGCACCAUGAAGUUCGGCUCGUGGACCUACGACAAAGCCAAGAUCGACCUGGUGCUGAUCGGCUCCACCAUCAACCUGAAGGAUUUCUGGGAAAGCGGCGAGUGGAGCAUCAUCGACGCUCCCGGAUACAAGCACGACAUCAAGUACAACUGCUGCGAGGAGAUCUACACGGACAUCACGUACUCGAUCUACAUCCGCCGGCUGCCGCUCUUCUACACCAUCAACAUGAUCAUUCCCUGUCUGCUCAUCUCCUUCCUGACCGUUCUGGUGUUUUAUCUCCCGUCCGACUGCGGAGAGAAGGUGACCUUGUGCAUUUCCGUUCUCCUCUCCCUCACGGUGUUCCUCCUGGUCAUCACCGAAACCAUCCCGUCCACGUCUCUCGUCAUCCCUCUGAUCGGAGAGUACCUGCUUUUCACCAUGAUAUUUGUGACUCUGUCCAUCGUGAUCACUGUGUUUGUGCUCAGUGUGCAUUACCGCACGCCUAAGACGCACAGCAUGCCCGGCUGGGUGCGGCACGUCUUCCUCGGUCUGCUCCCUCGGGUCAUGUUCAUGACGCGGCCUGAGAAAGACCCGGAGAGGAAGACCAGAUCCUGCGCUCUUCACGCUCCAGGUCUGGUUUCCAGCAAACAGACGAAUCUGUCGCGCCGGCUUCCUCUGCUCCUGUGCUCCUCUGAGCUCAACAACCUGAGCGAGGCGUCUGGCUUUCUGUGUCGAGACGGACGAUGCAUGUGGAAGCAACACGGCAACAACGUCUCCAGCGAAGGAGCAGAGGACGCUGGGUCUCUGUGCAUGUCUCCACCGGUCAGAGACGCCAUAGAGAGCGUCAAGUACAUCGCCGAGAACAUGAGGCUACAGAACGAGGCCAAGGAGGUCCAGGACGACUGGAAGUAUGUGGCGAUGGUGAUCGACAGGAUCUUUCUGUGGGUGUUUGUCCUCGUGUGUGUUCUGGGUACGGCUGGACUCUUCCUGCAGCCGCUGCUGAUGAUCGAGGACAUGUGAGGACCUCACAUCCAUACGUGUUCAGAGCCAGAACCUAGUGUCCAGCAGCCUAAACUGUUUUUAUAUCAUGUUUGGUGUAGAGUUGAAUUAAAAGGCAUCAGUUUACAGGUUGGUUGAUUCUGAGACCGUUAAGAGAUCAAACAGAGCUAAGAUCAGGAUCAUCAUUGACUUUCAAGAAGAUUUCUAAGUAUCCACCCGACGGCGUACUGUCCUCUUCUGUCAGUUCCUGUUUGCUUCAAAGUCAUGCGUCCCGGUUACAGUACAGAAGGCUAAAAAAACAUUUGGCCGAUGACUGGACAGAAUAUUUGGUCAAGUGUUGUUUUAAAGGAAUAGUCUGUUCUAAAAAUGGACAUUUAUUUGCCUUUUGGGGUGAUCCAAGCCCAUGUGAUGUUUUUUUUGUAUCUCAGAGAGUCUAUGCCAUGUUUCAUAGAUCACAGUAAGCUCCAAAAUGUCAAAGAAGCAGUAAAAGUAGUCUGUACAAACAUGUGUGCUGUAUGUUUUAAAGUCAUCAUAAACAGCUGCUCGCUGAUAAUCUUUCCUG